GACAUAACAUCAGCCUCAAAUGUAAUGUACAAUAUCGUAUCUGUCAAAGACUCUAAAGGUAUAAUAGCGUUAUUUACCGUGUGAGUGUGUAGACGCAAACAUUGUGAAUACCAGACGUCUUCAGAUUUCGAAAAAAUGAUAACCAAUACUCAGCCCGAAGAUGGGAAAUACGCUUUCAUAACCUCGACUCCUUUUUACUCGGCAAAGGGGAAACAGGAAACAAAAACCCUAGUGCGAAAACAUGUGAUGCGUCCAUUCAUGAAACGAAAUCGACCAAAAAGGGCAAAUGGUGUGAAAAACAUUGCGCCAAGGCCCUUUGUCGGUGCGUCAGCACUGCAGAUAUCUAUCCCACAGACCAAUAGAGAAGGGGUAGAAGCAGAAGCAGAAUUAGAAAGCAAGUUUCUAAUGGGCUUGCAAACCAAUUCGAUGGUUCUACUAGGAAAUGGCCGUGUGAAUCCCUUUCAAGCAUGGCCUGUUAAAAUGGAUACUAAAGAGCAUGAGUUGGUGCAUCACAUCUGGGACCCAUCACAGUGUUUCCAGCCAUUCAGAGACUUUUGGUUUCCGCUUGGUACAAACGAUUCCGCGGCAAUGCACUUGGUAUUGUCUAAUGCUGCCCUACACCUUAACGCUCUUAGAGGAAAUCUGGACGAGGGUCGUGAUUCGAUGAUGUAUCAUCACUCUGCUGUUAGAUCUGUGAAUCGAAGAUUGGCAAAUUUUGCGGUCGAACAUUCAGAUGGAAUUAUAGGAGCUAUACUUGGCUUUAUGUGCCAUGAACAAAUUCUUUCUAGUGCAGAGACUUGGAAGAUCCACCAGGCUGGUUUCUAUAAGAUCUUGGCUUUGCGAGGCGGAUUAUCAAGCAUCGAAAAUAUCCCAGCGUUACGACUCUCUUUGUUCUGGAUCGAACAUAAUAUGUCUAGCGAUUUGGAUAUUAUGCCUCUUUCCCCUCCACCUGUUCAAUAUCUUACGAAUCCUUAUCUUCCAAAAUAUCAGGCUGAUGGCGAAGCUCACUUUGUUAACAUCCGUGAGCACUUCGAUAUAUCAUCUUUCCUUUCUGUGGAGAUUCUCGAUAUCAUGAAGCAGUUGAGUAUCCUCACAGUUACAAUCACUCGUGAGAAUGAAAAGAGAAAACCAAUGAAAGAUGCCCAAUUUCUCUGGGGGGACCAGAACUUUGCUGGCCUUUGUGUCUAUCCGAUCUUGUCAAGACUCCUAACUAUACAGAAAGAGAUAAAGCAUGAGAUCGAAGAGUUGUGUAGGAUUGGUGGGCUUCUAUUUAUAGCGCAGGCAAGAAGAUGGUUCGGCGUCGGGCCCGUAUUAACCAACGCGUUUAUCAAAAAGCUGCGUCAAUUACUAGAGAGCGAUGGUGAAGUAUGGAAUGAAAAAGUGAAAAGUCUAAGAUUAUGGACUCUUAUUAUGGCUGGCUGCGCGGCAACUACAGAGGAUGAAAAGGCUUGGAUAGUCGAAACUCUUAAACGGGGUUUCUUUGCCUGGUCCGAUUUGGAGAACGUGGAGAAGAUGUGGUGGGUAGAUGAACUAUUCCGGGUUGGACUGGCAAAUAUCGAGGAAGCCAUUCAUUCGCUGCAAGAGUUCAAGUAAUAAUUAAAAGAAAUAUUAAGAAUAGAACCCUUAGUGGAUGAUCACAUGGUAUUCUGUCACUGGAAUGGGAAGCUAAGGCCA